AUGUCUCGCGCUAAGAACACUUUAGUGGCCGAGGGCGACGUGAGUGUGCAGAAGGUGAAGAAGAUUGAGUCUGUCUAUGACUACGAUCUAAUCACCAGACCGGGUGCUGGGGUUUCUGUCUCCGGGCAGAAGGUGUUCCAGAGGGCGCCGUCGGAGCGAGAGAUAAUAAAUGACUAUAUCGCAACAAAGAAGAAGCAAUUUGCCGGGGAGAUCCCAGAGGGCGGCACAUGGUUUACAUAG